AUGAAGCAUGUGUACGGCGUGAAGGCUCUGGAUGCGCGUUUCAAGUGCUUGCCUGCAAACCAUCAGCUACGCCAAUUCACUAAAGGCAUCUCAGGCAUGUCCCGCGUUUUGGGAACCGAAAAUCAAGACAUCGCGCGGGUCCUCCUCGGAAUAGUCAUUGACGCACCGCUUCCCUACAACACCCAUAAGAAGUGCAUGUACAACUGCGCCGCGCUCAAACUGUUCCACGAUAACAAGAAGAUCUUCUCCGACCUCGGCGCCUGCAAACACUUCAACCUUCCAAAGGUUCACGCCCUCUUCCAUUACUUCGAGUCCGCCCGGCUUCUCGGAACUGCCGACAACUUCAAUACAGCCUAUUCAGAACGACUCCAUAUUGACUAUGCAAAGAUGGCAUGGCGUGCGUCGAACCGCAAGGACGAAUACCCUCAAAUGACGCUGUGGCUCCAGUGUCGGAAACAGAUCCGGGCUCACCAGAUGUACAUCCAAUGGCGACUACAAGGACGACCUCCGAUUGAGAACAUGGCUCAGGCGCCACUGCCUUGCGCACCCAAACUCAAGAGGAUGAUCCCGCGCUAUCCGAAUGUACCAUCGCUCUCCUUUGCCAAGGCUGAGAGCCGGUACGGUGCCGAGGACUUCGAAUCAAAGUUGAAGGAAUGGGUGCUGAAGGAGCUCAAUCCGGCCACACCGGAUUGA